AUGAGUCAACAUGGGCCAGCAUCCCUGUGGAACACUUUCGCCCCAUGCUACUCCCGUCACCCCGACGCUACUGCCGGUCCCCGACGCUACUCCCGGCCCCCGACGCUACUCCCGGUCCCCGACGCUACUCCCGGUCCCCGACGCUACUCCCGGUCCCCGACGCUACUCCCAGCCCCCGACGCUACUCCCGUCACCCCGACGCUACUGCCGGUCCCCGACGCUACUCCCGUCACCCCGACGCUACUGCCGGUCCCCGACGCUACUCCCGUCACCCCGACGCUACUGCCGGUCCCGGCGCUACUCCCGGCCCCGGCGCUACUCCCGGUCCCCACGCUACUCCCGGUCCCGACGCUACUCCCGGCCCCCGACAGGGCACGCUACUCCCGGCCCCCGAUGCUACUCCCGGCCCCGACGCUACUCCCGGCCCCGGCCCCCGACGCUACUCCCGUCACCCCGACCCUACUGCCGGUCCCCGACGCUACUCCCAGCCCCGACGCUACUCCCGUCACCCGACGCUACUGCCGGUCCCGACGCUACUCCCGGCCCCGACGCUACUCCCGGCCCCGACGCUACUGCUACUCCCGGCCCCGACGCUACUCCCGCCCCGACGCUACUCCCGUCACCCGACGCUACUGCCGGUCCCGACGCUACUCCCGUCACCCCGACGCUACUACCGGUCCCCGACGCUACUACCGGUCCCCGACGCUACUCCCGGCCCCGACGCUACUCCCGGCCCCGACGCUACUCCCGGUCCCCGACGCUACUCCCGGCCCCGACAGGGCACGCCUCCCGGCCCCGAUGCUACUCCCGGCCCCUGACGCUACUCCCCCGGCCCCGACGCUAUUCCCGGCCCCGACGCUAUUCCCGACGCUACUCCCGGCCCCGACGCUACUCCCGGCCCCGACGCUACUCCCGACCCCGACAGGGUACACUACUCCCGGCCCCGAUGCUACUCCCGGCCCCGACAGGGCACACUACUCCCGGCCCCGAUGCUACUCCCGGCCCCGAUGCUACUCCCGGCCCCGAUGCUACUCCCCGACGCUUACUCCCGGCCCCGAUGCUACUCCCCGACGCUUACUCCCGGCCCCGAUGCUACUCCCGACGCUACUCCCGGCCCCGAUGCUACUCCCGACGCUACUCCCGACCCGAUGCUACUCCCCGACGCUACUCCCGACCCCGAUGCUACUCCCCGACGCUACUCCACGGCGCUACUCCACGGCCCCCCGACGCUACUCCACGACGCUACUCCCGUCACUUCUCCAGUCACCCCGACACUACUCCCUUAGCCCCACGCUACUCCCGGCCCCCGACACGGCACACUACUCCCGGCCCCGACACGGCACACUACCCCGGCUCCCGACACUACUCCCGGCCCCGACACGGCACACUACUCCCGGCCCCGACACUACUCCCCUUAGCCCCACGCUACUCCCCGACACUACUCCCCGGCCCCGACAGGGCACACUACCUCCGGCCCCCGACACUACUCCCGGCCCCGACACUACUCCCGGCCCCGACACGGCACACUACUCCCGGCCCCCGACACGGCACACUACACCCGGCCCCGACACGGCACACUACUCCCGGCCCCGACACUACUCCCGGCCCCGACACGGCACACUACUCCCGGCCCCGACACUACUCCCGGCCCCCGACACGGCACACUACUCCCGGCCCCGACACGGCACACUACUCCCGGCCUCCGACACUACUCCCUUAGCCCCACGCUACUCCCGACACUACUCCCUUAGCCCCACGCUACCCCCGAAACUACUCCCGGCCCCGACACGGCACACACUACCCCCGCCCCCGACACUACUCCCGGCCCCCGACACUACUCCCGGCCCCCGACACUACUCCCGGCUACUCCCGGCCCCCGACACUACUCCCGGCUACUCCCGGCCCCGACACUACUCCCGGCCCCCGACACUACUCCCAGCUACUCCCGGCCCCCGACACUACUCCCGGCCCCCGACACUACUCCCGGCCCCGGACACUACUCCCGGCUACUCCCGGCCCCCGACAAUACUCCCAGCUACUCCCGGCCCCCGACACUACUCCCGGCUACUCCCGGCCCCCGACACUACUCCCGGCUACUCCCGGCCCCCCGACACUACUCCCGGCUACUCCCGGCCCCCGACACUACUCCCGGCCCCCCGACACUACCCCCGGCUACUCCCGGCCCCGACACUACUCCCGGCCCCCGACACUACUCCCGGCUACUCCCGGCCCCCGACACUACUCCCGGCUACUCCCGGCCCCCGACACUACUCCCGGCUACUCCCGGCCCCCGACACUACUCCCGGCCCCCGACACUACUCCCGGCUACUCCCGGCCCCCGACACUACUCCCGGCCCCCGACACUACUCCCGGCUACUCCCGGCCCCCCGACACUACUCCCGGCUACUCCCGACCCCCGACACUACUCCCGGCCCCCGACACUACUCCCGGCUACUCCCGGCCCCCGACACUACCCCGGCUACUCCCGGCCCCGACACUACUCCCGGCCCCGACACUACUCCCGGCUACUCCCGCCCCGACACUACUCCCGGCCCCCGACACUACUCCCGGCCACUCCCGGCCCCCGACACUACCCCCGGCUACUCCCGGCCCCCGACACUACUCCCGGCCCCCGACACUACUCCCGGCCCCCGACACUACUCCCGGCCCCCGACACUACUCCCGGCCCCCGACACUACUCCCGGCUACUCCCGGCCCCGACACUACUUCCGGCUACUCCCGGCCCCCGACACUACUCCCGGCCCCCGACACUACUCCCGGCCCCCAGACACUACUCCCGGCUACUCCCGGCCCCCGACACUACUCCCGGCCCCGACACUACUCCCGGCCACUCCCGGCCCCGACACUACUCCCGGCCACUCCCGGCCCCCGACACUACUCCCGGCCACCCGACACUACUCCCGGCUACUCCCGGCCCCCGACACUACUCCUGAUUAA